AGUCAUUACAUUAAUUCUAUUACAGUGUUUCCUUUUUAUAUGUUUUAAUUGUCUCAUUCUUUUACAUUUUGAGUCCCUGGGAUGAUAAUGAUAAUGGUAAUGAUAAUGAGUCGCUGUCACUAAAUCAUUUAAAAUGCAAUAAAAUAUGUAUUAUUAUUGUGUCAAUAUAGUCAUUUAAUCUAGUGACUAUAUUAAAUCGUAUAAAAUAUAAUGAUACUUAUUUUUGUUACAUUUUAAAUGAUUUAGUGACGGUGUCUCUUCUUCUUUUUUCUUUGCAGAAGCAGAAGCUAACUUCACAGCUGUUUUUAAAAUGAAGAAACAUCCUCCAAAUAUUUGGGAGGAGAAGGCUGUAGGGUGAGAGUAAAUAACAGAUUGGACCACAUACAGAAGAUUGUAAGAAACCAAGCCAUUAAACCCCUAUUGAAAAUGAGAUUAAAAAACCCCAUGAUUGUGGUUUGAAAGAAGUUGCCUGCAGGAGCAAGAGAAUUGCUUUUACUGGAGAUCCUAAUAAGAGGUUGUGUAAGUAUCAUCUAUUCCAGAUGUUUUAAAUUAAGUAAAGUUAGCCACACUGGGAAAGAGUUAGGAUAUAUAUUAUCUUUUGUUUUGGACUUUUGCUCCCACAAUUCCGAUCGACUGAUAAACUGGCUGGGAUUUCUGAAGUCCAAAACACCUGGAGUCCAAAACACCUGGAGGAGCAGAGUUUGAGACACAUUGAAUUAGACAAUUGCAAAAUAUUACCCAAGCCACAGGGCAAACAGACAGAAGCAAGAACAUUGUGACAAAGGUUACAUGACAGCUAAGGAGAAUCUGUUGGAAAUUGUGUUCUUGGAUUUUUCAAAAGUCUUGUGACAAAGUCCCUUUUAAAAUCCUGGAAUAAAUGCAGCAACCACAAGUUGAGAGGAUUGGACACUUUGGUAUGGUAACAGGAAUAAAGAAUAAGGAUAGCUUUAAAAAAGAGGAAGCAGAGAAAAUGAAUUUAUUUUUUCCAAUCUUUGUUUGAACUCAUGGUGAUUCAUAACAAGAUUUUUCAAAAAGCAGCAUCAAAGACAAUAUGCUUGAGCAAAAGGGGGUACUUUUGCUCUCUCCUAUGCUACUUGUGGACUUCCUAUGGGCAUCUUGUUGACUACUGUAGGAACAGAAUACUGGACUAGCUGUCUUCAUUUGACUCUAUAGCAGUGCUUCUUAAACUAUCUGACUGAGGAGCAGAAGUGGGUGAUAGUUCCCCCCCCCCCCCCGUGUGCUAGGAACUGGCACCCUAUUUGUUCUAAUUGACUAAAACAGAUUCUUUCCUUUCUGGACACUCACCAUGAACCAGUAGCUCACAGACUAACACUGGUAUAUAGGAGCAGAACUGAAUUGGUGGAACUGAUCUUAUAUUCUUGGAAUAUGUUUUUAUUCUGAUAAGGUAUGAAAUGGUGAGAAAGAAUAGGUAUGCCUAUAGGCAUCUGAAGAAUGUUGGCUGGGUGAUUGGGUUUCUCAGCUGGUUAUCUAGUUUUAGCUUGCUCUAGUUCAUUAAAAAGGAAAAGACAUGCAAACUCAUUUGCCCAUUCUUCCAGCCAUUACUCACCAUUACUCAUUAAUUAUUGGGAAUCCUGAAGUCAGGUCAUUGAUGAAUCUAGGUCAGGAUUAUCUAGACACAAUUUUUGCAUUGUUUUUACUUCAUCCGCACCCUAGUAGUGGUCAAAACAGAUGCCCUUGAAGCUGGGACAUCAUGCAUGGCAACAAUGUGUUGUACAAGUGAGUUGUACAAUAAGCACUGAAGUCUUUUAAAUAUGCUAUGUAUCCCCCUUCAAUCCUAUACAGGUAAUGUUUUUGUUUUGCCUCAGUCUGAUGCUUAAGCACUAUGGAAAAUCAGAUAAAAUGUUUGAUAUGGGGAAAGCUAUGGAAGAAUCCAUCACACCUUGAUUCAUAGCAACAACACAAAACCUUCUAGGGCUGUUGCAGCAUGGUAUAGUGGUUUGAAUGUUGGUCUAGGCUACUAGGAGACCAGGAACCUCAUCAGACGCAGUUCCCUCCCUGUUUGUACACAUUUUAAAUCCCUUUUGAGGAUGACGUGCCACUGAGUCCAUCACACAACGUUUCUUAAUUUCCGGCUGUCAUCUGUAGUGUUUCAUUCUCAAAGUGGGUUUGAAGUGUUGUGAAAUGGGGAGAUGAGAAGAUGGGGAGAAAUAAUCUUCUAAACCCCUGAUGUGCUCGAAAGUGCUUAAAACCCAUGGGAUGGGAUCUGUCAGAUUCACCCAAUACUGCCCAAGUCAUUUCAGUGACUUGGGCAGUAUUCUGGCAAGCAUGACGCUCCAGUUCUUGUCCCAAGUCCUUCUGUUUGAACCUGGUUCCUUUUAUAUAGAUAUAGAUGUCACUGGCAGAAGUUGUGCAAUUGAAAGAUAUUACUACUGUGAUAUAGCUUUAUUUUCUCCCUCUGCUGUAUGCCGUGCUUUCAUAAUACCACUAUUUUAAACUUUUUUUACCCAUUGCAGUCAUUUCUGCUCACAACCUUAUAUUUGUUCUCUACAUUUAAUCAUAGAACAUAGGAGUGCUCUUUUUGCCUAGGAGCUUUAAUCUAUUUGAAAAUAUGUAAUUACAUUUUUUUCAUGCACUAGAAAUUUCGGGAUUUUGAAGGUUUCCCUACUUUUUUAAAAAAGGAAUACCACCGGAGGGGGGGGGGAGGAAACGUACCCGUGUGAUGAUUCCAAACAUGGAACACAGCAAGGGAAAGGUUAGGGAACAUGUGCAUGCUUUGAUUUGCUAUACUGAUGAAGACAAUUCCCCCCGCUUCUCACAGCUCAUACGAUGAGGUCCCAGGUUCCAAAUCUCCGCUCUGCGAUUGAAACCCAGUAGAUGAAAUUGAGCAAGUUGCAUGCUCUUGGGCCCCAUCUACACUGUCAUAGAAUGCAGCUUGAAAGGCGUCAGUGUAGACUCCUAAUGCAGUUCAAUACAGAAAGUGCAUUAUAUGAGUUUGCACUGACCAUAUAAUGCAGUUUCAGACAGAGCAGGUAUAGGCAAACUUGGGACCUCCAGUUUUGGACUUCAACUCACAUAAUUCCUAACAGCCGGUAGGAAUCUUCCAAGGAAUUACUUCCAAGAGUUACUUGAAGUAAUAACAAUAUACAUAAGGUAACUUGCAGAGAUUUUUUCAAAACCCUAUAUGGUUGGCAGGAUUCUGCAAUACACUAAUUGAACACUCUUGAUGCUCCUCCAAAUCUGAUGCAGUCUGAUAUGAUAUCAUUUUAUUCAUGUUUGGUCUUGCUCUAUGAAAUCAAAUCAUAACAGGGCAGAGUAGAAGAUAAGAAUAUGGCCUCUGAAAUAAAUCGGGGUGAAGGAAAGAGUUCUGGGCUUUGUUUGUCUUCUGCAACUGCAACCUAUCCUUUCUUGACAGCAUCCUGCUGUUUCACUCUUACAGCCUUGGCUUAGCUGAGCACUGAGCAGUCCCUCCACCUGUUGUGAAGUGGUUUUCUGUGAGUCACAACCAUAAUUCAGCAUCUGUAGUAUACAUUCCUUUCUCUUGCUAAUCACUGAGGAUCCUGGAAUAGUCUUUUUUCUGGAAUUUUCUUCCCAUGAAUCAAGAAUGCACUUCCCUGCAAUCAACAAUGACAACUUGUGAAAAUGAAAGCAGCUUCAAGAGAACCAACAGCAUGUCCAGGCCAAGUGGAAAGUCCAUAUACCGUCAGCGGAAGAAUUACACUGAAGCUGUGCUAAAGCAGCAACAUGAAUGCCAACACCGGGUGGAGCACCUUCUCACUAGUUACCUCGAUGACAAAGACAUCAGGAGCGCAGAGAACUGUGUUGACCGACUGAAGAUGAUGGAUGCCCAAGGCCAGGUGUGGGGACAAGGCAUGUUUUUGCAGGUGAAGGACCAGAAGUUGCUGCUGACAGACAUUGAGGCAGAGGAAGAACUGGACAGCUACUCCUUGGAUUGGAUCCAGGAUUGUGCCUGCUUCCUUGGUAGCUGCAACUACAACUCCAUCUUGGCCAUCACCGUGAAAGAACCAAAUUUGCGCAGGACUAGUAUCCUGCUCUUUCAGUGUGAAGAGAUUGGAGCUGAGCUGCUGAAAACUAAACUGGAGAAGAUAAUUGAGGAAUCACGUCAGAACCAUGACAUGCUCAGAAGCAACCUGGAAAACAUAUUGUAUCAGCGGAACCAACCAUCAUUUAAUGGCAAAGCUCCGAGGAUUCCCUAUCCGACUUCCCCAGCAGAAGCACAUUCCCAGAGGCAGGAACAACAUCCUUGGAAAGAUAACUCAUUCUACGCGGACCACAAUACUGGAGCCAAUGGACAUCAGAAGCAGAAAGAUGAGAGAGCAUGGGAAGAUCCUUGGUCUCCUCUGAUGAUGCAGGACAUCGACAGAAAUGCUGAGAUUCUCAACCAUGUCUUGAAUGAUAUUGAAAUCUUUGCGGAGAAGCUGAAAAAGUCAAGUGGCUCCCUGAAAGAUAAGAAAAAGUUGAAGAAAAAGAAAAAUGAAAUGAACAAAGCAUUGCCCCCAAAGCCUGAAUUUGAAGACUGUUUCCAGAAGAUAAAGUAUAGUUUCAAUUUUCUGGGGAAGCUGGAACCAACCAUGAAUCAACCCAGUGCUCCAGAGCUGGUUCAGCUCAUCUUUUCAACUUUAUCAGCUAUUUUGUCCAAUUGUCCCUGGGGAAAUCUGGCCUCAACAGUAGUCUCGCCUCUGCUGAAUGCUGCAGGUAUUGACCUGCUCAGGCGCACCCUGAAUUAUGAUGAACAGCUUAUUUGGAAAAAUUUGGGACCUGCUUGGAAUCUAACCAGGGAGGAGUUUCCAGAGGGACAAUCCAUCCCCCCUUACAAACCCACGUUCUCAGAUGGAUGGGAGCCACCCGUGCCUACUCAGAGGCAAGGCACCAUGGAUUUUGAAAAAGCCCAGAAUGGAAACAAGAAUGGCUUCUCAGACAGGGUGUCUAAUCCUCCCCAGCUCAUGCAAGCCAUGUAUGAGUUCCAUGCAAGAAACUCCAAGGAGCUUAAUGUAACCAAAGGAGAUCUAUUAGAGGUUUUAGAUCAACGGAAAAAAUGGUGGCUUGCCAGAAAUUCUGCAGGGGAGGAGGGUUAUAUCCCUAACAACAUUCUGGAACCUACAGAUCAGAUGGCACCUAAGGGAAAUUACACAGAACAAGUCUCAAGAGACUUCUCUGACCUCCACCCACGUUCCUCACCAGCAGAAGUCACUGUUUGGCUCAGGACAAAAGGCUUCUCUAAGCUUACAGUUAAAUCUCUUGGCAUCCUUAAUGGACAGCAACUUCUGUCAAUGAGCCAAGAAGAACUGAAAACAGUCUGCCCGGAAGAAGGGAGACGUGUUUUCCUCAAGCUUUCAGCAGUUAAAUCAACACUAAAGUAAGACCCACAGAAGUAAUAUUCUUCAGCAGUCUUCAGUCACUGUAGUUCACUUCUAAGAAAUUGUCUCUGCUACCAGUAAUGGUUUGCUUUUCCAGCACUUAACUUUGGAUGGUUAUUCUCAUCUGUUAAUAUGACCUUUAUUAUACAGGAUGCCCUUAGAUGCGAUUCAGAAAGCUUGCCCAUUAUAAGACUGGCAAGUGUCUCUUAUUGUAAGGAUGCCCCUUAUUUUAUUUUUAUAUAGCUUGAAUAGAGAUGUUUAAAAAUCCUGUAGUUUGUAAUUCAGUAAAGACAAAAAUGGAAGCAUCAUGUAAUUUAUCGAUGUGGACAACAUGUUUAUUUGACUGAGAUACAUGGAUAAGUUAAUUGAAACCAAAUGCUUUUAUUUAAUAUAUAGAUAGAAUUGUUGUGGAUACAUCUCAACUUGUAUUCCUGGAUUUCAUGGAUUAAAUGUUCAUAUCCCUAAUUGCUAUUUUAAGCCUGGCAACACUAAUUUGCAGAUAUAUAUAUACAGAGCUACAGAACCUGGAAAAGCUAAUUUUAAAAUAACUCCCUAAAUUCCCCAGGUAGGAUAGUUAGUGAUCAAUCUAGCUUGAGGUGGGGGCUAUUAUCGUCUCAAACAGUAGCAUUUCCAAGUACCGUGUCUCAUUAUUAAAGGGAAAUAAAUUGCAAAGAGAGGGGCAAGCAGGCCAUAGUGAUAUUUCUAAAAUAUUUCAAAUGCUGUAUAUAAUGUUUUAAAAGACAUUGUCCAUUUAUUAUAGCAAUUGAUUAGUUAGCUUUACAGGAUUCAUUGUAGUAACUUUAAACUCAAUAGUUUGUGAGAGAGUUUGAAGUAAUAAGGAAGAGAUUUACCAAAUUCUAAUCUAGCAAUUGCAAAAUAUCUGUUCAGUGUUAAUUUGCAGGAGAAAGUUGACUUUGAGAUUAUUUGGUGUUCAGGAAGUUCAUGGUUUUCUCAGUAGCUUUAAAAUAUUUGUUUUAUUUGUGCAGUACUUGUGUCCAAUAAAUCUAUUAAGCUGUUUAA